CAGUCAGGUUUAGCACAAUGGGCCCUGGAGGAGAGGCUCAGAGGGGGAGAGUGUGGCGAGAGAAUGAAGACACCAACUGCCUGGGAGAAGCAUGAGGUGGCAGAGCGGCACUCGGUUUAGAGGGCUCCGGCCAGCGGCGGCCCCAUGGGCAACUCUGCUGGCACUGGGCCUCCCUGGUUGGGUGUUGGCUGUCUCGGCCACGGCUGCUGCUGUAGUCCCCGAACAGCAUGCGUCCUCAGCUGGCCAGCCACCCCUGGACUGGCUGCUCACGGACCGGGGCCCCUUCCACCGCGCUCAGGAGUACACUGACUUUGUGGAGCGGUACCGCCAGGGGUUUACCACCAGGUACAGGAUCUACAGGGAGUUUGCCCGUUGGAAAGUGAACAACUUGGCUCUGGAAAGGAGAGACUUCUUCAGUUUGCCAUUGCCUCUUGCCCCAGAGUUUAUCCGGAACAUCCGCCUCCUGGGAAGGAGACCCAACCUGCAACAGGUUACCGAAAACCUGAUCAAAAAGUACGGCACCCAUUUCCUACUUUCUGCCACCCUUGGAGGAGAAGAGUCCCUAACCAUUUUUGUGGACAAGCGGAAACUGAGCCGAAAGACAGAAGCAGCAGGAAGUGCCCCUACAGUUGGGGGCAGUGGGAACAGCUCAGCCGUGUCCCUGGAGACCCUGCAUCAGCUGGCAGCCUCCUACUUCAUCGACAGAGAGAGCACCCUGCGGCGGCUGCAUCAUAUCCAGAUAGCCACAGGGGCCAUCAAGGUCACGGAGACCAGGACCGGCCCUCUGGGCUGCAGCAACUACGACAAUCUGGACUCGGUCAGCUCAGUCCUGGUGCAAAGUCCGGAGAACAGAGUGCAGUUACUCGGCCUGCAGGUGCUGCUGCCUGAGUACCUGCGUGAGCGCUUCGUGGCUGCAGCGCUGAGCUACAUUACAUGCAGCUCUGAGGGCGAGCUCAUUUGCAAGGAGAAUGACUGCUGGUGCCAGUGCAGCCCUACCUUCCCUGAGUGCAACUGUCCUGAUGCGGACAUCCAGGCCAUGGAGGACAGCCUGCUGCAGAUCCAGGACUCCUGGGCCACUCACAACCGGCAGUUUGAGGAGUCAGAGGAAUUCCAAACCCUGCUGAAAAGGCUGCCUGACGACAGGUUCCUGAACUCCACAACCAUCUCCCAGUUCUGGGCCAUGGACGCUGGCCUCCAGCACCGCUACCAGCAGCUGGGAGCCAGCUUGAAAAUGCUGUUCAAGAAGAUGCAUCGGAUCGUCAGCCGGCUCUUCAACCUCUGCAAACGCUGCCACCGGCAGCCUCGCUUCCGUCUGCCCAAGGAGCGGUCCUUAUCCUUCUGGUGGAACCGAAUCCAGUCCUUCCUCUACUGUGGAGAAAGCACCUUCCCUGGCACCUUCCUGGAGCAGAGCCACAGCUGCAGCUGCCCCUAUGACCAAUCUUCCUGCCAGGGCCCCAUCCCAUGUGCCUUGGGUGAAGGGUCUGCCUGUGCCCACUGUGCCCGGGACAACAGCACACGCUGUGGGGGCUGCAACCCGGGCUACGUGCUGGUCCAAGGGCUGUGCCGGCCAGAGGUGGCUGAGUCCCUGGAGAACUUUCUGGGGCUGGAGACAGAUCUGCAGGACCUGGAGCUGAAGUACCUGCUGCAGAAGUGGGACAGCCGCAUCGAGGUGCACUCCAUCUUCAUCAGCAACGACAUGCGCCUGGGCAGCUGGUUUGACCCCUCCUGGAGGAAGCGCAUGCUGCUCACCCUGAAGAGCAAUAAGUACAAGCCUGGGCUGGUGCAUGUGAUGCUGGCCCUGUCCCUGCAGAUCUGCCUCACCAAGAACAGCACCCUGGAGCCCGUCAUGGCCAUCUACGUCAACCCCUUUGGAGGCAGCCACUCUGAGAGCUGGUUCAUGCCCGUGAACGAGGCCCACUUCCCGGACUGGGAAAGGACUAACGUGGACGCGGCUGCCCAGUGCCAGAACUGGACGAUCACCUUGGGAAACAGGUGGAAGACCUUCUUUGAGACAGUCCAUGUUUACCUACGGAGCCGAAUCAAGUCCCUGGAUGACAGCUCCAAUGAGACCAUCUACUAUGAGCCCCUGGAGAUGACAGAUCCCUCCAAGAACUUGGGCUACAUGAAAAUCAACACCUUGCAGGUCUUCGGCUACAGCCUGCCCUUUGACCCAGAUGCUAUCCGGGACUUAAUUCUCCAGUUGGAUUACCCAUACACUCAAGGCUCCCAGGACUCUGCCCUCUUGCAGCUCAUAGAGCUUAGGGACCGGGUUAACCAGCUUUCUCCACCUGGCAAAGUCCGGCUGGACCUUUUCUCCUGCUUGCUCCGGCACCGGCUCAAGCUGGCCAACAACGAGGUGGGCAGGAUCCAGUCCUCCUUGAGGGCUUUCAAUUCCAAGCUGCCAAAUGCUGUGGAGUAUGAGACAGGCAAACUCUGUAGCUAAUGGGGGGGCACUUCAGUGCCGGACAGGGAGGGGAUCCAUGCAUCCAGGCACUCACCUUGGUGCCAACAAGGUGCUCCCUUGAGACUCUGCACCCAGCAGAUGAGACCUCGGGGAUUGGACUGACACAGGCAGGAGAGAAAGAAACAGCCACUGCACAUGCACACACUCACCCCGCGGGUGUGCGCGCGCGCGCUCCCUCGGGGAGGCUACAACUCAGCAGCCUUGUGUCUGUAAAGUCGGUGCUUUCCAAAAUGAAUGCAGUUGAAGGAGAGGAGCCAAGGGAGAGAUUAAGAAAAAGAACCAGCCAAACCAUGAAACAAACAAAUCCUUAAAAGUGAUUCUUAUCAUUCAAGGAAGCAAGAGGGGACAAACGGGAGGGGUGGAAGCUCCUGCUCCCCCUCUGCGGAGUCACUUUUGUAUUCUUUUUAACCAGGUUUCUUGGUGUUUCGUGAUUCCCACACUGGCUCCUACUUUUUGUACUCUGCCUCCUCUGAGCCCUCCCGGACGCUGACUGCUCCUCCAGGCGGCUCCUUUAGGAAACAGGGGAAGUGACACCAACUGAGGACACUCAGUGUGGGCAGGUGGCCUUGCUCCCCCUUCACCUUCCUCCCUCCUCCCUGGUCCCCUGGCUUCCUGGGCUACCCCAGUUUUGGGGCCGGACUUGUUCCACGUCCCACCCCUGGUCCAGCCAGAGCUCCCUUCCUACAGCCCCCAAUCUGUCCAAGAAAGUAGCUGUCCAGUCAGAGAGAUGAUGUCUAGGGAAAUGUUCUUUUUUAAAAACAAAAACAAAAAUAUUUAUUUUGUGAUUGUUUUCCUUGUCAAUCUGCUCCAGCCACAUGAACAUAUGAGUAAAAAAAUUUAACUGAUUUAAUAUAUAUUUUUUAAAGACCUUUAUUAGGGGGAAAAUGAGAGAGAAAAGAGGAAAAAAGAGUAUAGUUUCCUGGGCUGCCUGGAUUUUUUUAUUGCUCUGUGGGUGACACGUGGGUGUCCUUAGAUGGUGGAUAUUGCUGUGUGGGAAGCUGGUUGACUAGUAUAUACACAAGUGAAUGCAUGUCUAUCUUGACUGGGUGUGAGGUGUGUGUGUGUGUGUGUGUGUGUGUGUGUGUGAGAGAGAGAGAGAGAGAGAGAGAGAGAGAGAGAGAGAAUAAAGAUUGGAAUGAGACGGAGUAAGGCAGAAUUCUCCCGGGUAAUCUGGCUGCCCCUCUCCCUUUUCCCAGGAGUGAGGACUAACACGGGUUGUACACGAUCAGGAGAAUAAAAGUCUUUGCUCUUUAGGGGAACUGCAGCCUUUAUGCUGGGCAAAUGCUGGCUAAAGGGGGCACCUCUGCUUACACUGCUGCGGACAUCAGGAGAAUUUUCCACACUCUGGAUCUUAAAGUCUGGGAUCGCCCUUUGAGGACACUGGGAAAGAUGCAGACUUGGCAUGAGUUUCCUCCAUUCGGUCUGAUCACCACCUUCCCAGCCUGAAAAGCAGGUUUGACAUACGCCACACAGGGCAGUGCCUCUUCUCUCCUUAGUGCCUUCCCCAGGUGGUAUGGAAAUCGCUUCACAGCAAAUCUUUUUUUUUUUUCCAUAGCAAAUCUUUUAAAGAACCAUGUCUCUCUGUCUGUUCCCCACAUGCCCUGAGCACAAUGUGUAGGCAUGACAACCCCCAUUUUAUCCAAGCGGAAGUCACCACAUAAAUACUAAGUACCUCAUUCUGUACCUGUGGUACAUCUCAGUUGGUACAAAAUGAACUGGGAGACAAUGAGAGGAUGGUCAUGUCUAUCUGCCCAAGAGCUUCCAUGUUUGUCACUGCAUAGAGAAGAAUCCAGCAUUUUAUUUAAUCCCUGAACCAUCUCUCUGUUCACGAGGACCUGAAAUCCCAGGCAGAUAAGCAGCCUAGGGCAUUUCUUUCUUCACAACUCCCUGAAGUCUUCUAGGGUGGGAAUGCAGAGUGAUGGAUGAACUAGGGACGAACAGUUACUGCCUAUUUCUAGUUCAGCCACUACUUGCUUGGGGGUGGGAGGGUGUGUCUCAAGCUCUUUGUCUGUGGGAUAUGGAACCAGCAGAUCAUCUUCAUCAAUAGGGCUGUGGAUGUACCAAGACUGCUCUAGAAGGCAGAUGGAAGAAAAGGAAGAAAUAAAGAAUGGACAGGAUUCCUGAAGGGGCUGUUAAACGCUUAAAACCAUGAGUUCAGCAUAGAAUUUCUCAAAAAAGCUAGGCUAAGAAAUGCCAUAAUAAUAAAAGGAUGCCACUGGUCAAAAUUGUCACUUUCAAAGUCUAUAGUACCCAGAUGAUAGGAAACAACUAUUCCCAGAUACAAUCACAAAUAAAGAAUUGUCACUAAUUAAUAGUGGGUUGUCAAUGUUGGUGAACUCCCUGUGGAAUUAAGAGCCAAAUCACAGUUCAGUUACUGGCUAUAACAAUCAGGAAUUCAAGCCUUAAUUGUCACCCUAAAGAACUAAUACAUCAAAUGUAAUCUGUCCUAAUGCUUGAGACUAAUACCUCUAAUACUAAAUAAUAUAUUUAAUGCCUGCUGCUAAUAAUAUAAUGCCAUGCUCUGCAGGCCUACUCACGCUCACACAGCCAAAAACAUAAAUGAAGUCUGUUUCAAAUACUGGGUAUCACAAAUAGUUCACAUACAGUUCUUGGCUUCUUUUCACAAAUAUGAAAACAGUCAUCAUGAUGGGCAGAGCCGGCUUAUGUGUAGAUGGAAUGCGUUGCUACGUGAUGUCCUGCCCCCAAAUAUCAUCGACAAAGUCUGUAAUUCCAUCAUGCAAGUCUAUUCUCUUGCACAAGAGGGGUCUUCCUUUUUUGCCAUUAUGUUUCAUAUGAAAAUGAAAAUGCCCUUAGAAGGAAAUAAAUCUUAGAAGUUAACCCACUGGCAAAAGAGAGGAUGCAAUUUUUGGAGUUGGAAGGUUUUUAGAGGUCAUUCAGUCAACUCAUUUCUUAUGUGAGGAAGAAGAGGUGACAGAACUUGCCCAAGGUUGUAUCUAUUAGCAGAGCUGGUAAUAGCACUGAAUCUGCUUUUUUCUCUACCUCUCUCGCUAGUACAUGACAUCUGGGUGUUGGGAGAUGACAGGCACCCAGUGUGGGGCUUAGGAGUGUGAGGGUGGAGGAAAGGCGAUUUCCCGGGAAGAAGAGGACUACUUAGAGGUGGGAAGAGCUUCACAUCUUUCCCUGGGAUUGGUUCUAGCAAAAGUAACCAGCUUCUCUAACAGGCAAUAGAAGAAGACUGAAGUUUCUCCCGGGACAAGCUUUCAGCACAGCCUAGACAUAUUUCCAUCCAGGUUGGAUCUCCUUACUGGAUUCCUGAUGACUCUAUCAGCUACAUGUUUUUUAAUUACAACAUCCUGCCUCUAAUUUAUUGAUGUUUUCUAUAGAUCACCAAUUAGAGUUUGAAUAUCUUUACAAAUCUGUGUAACAACUUUCCUGUGAAGGCUAGAGGUAUCUGGGUACCACCAACACCAAAGGGCUUAGGUGGUGCAGUUAGCAUGUCAAGUGUAUGACUGGAGUCUAGGCCAUGGCAGAGAAGGGGAAUGAGGCAAGUUCUGCUGUACAGAGUUCUCACUCCUUCUAGCAGUGGAGUGAGAAUGUGGACCAAAGGAGCCACCCAAGACAAAGCUGUGGCUGGCACUCCUGGCCUGGAAGGACAGGUGGAAAAUUCAGAUAGUGUGACUGACUGUAGACACACACCUUUCUUCUGGUUCUGCCUCCAGCCAUCUCUACACCCGUGAGCAAGUCAUUCCACUUCUCCCAGUUUGCUCCCCUGUGUAUGAGGGAGUUGGAUAUUUUACCCAGGUACUGGGGGUCCUUCUGGUACUAUCCCUUUAAAAGCAGUAUGACCCAGGAGACAGUCUGGGAAGUUGGACAGACCUGGAUUUGCAUAGAGGCUCCACAUUUAUAUUUAAGUGACCUUAAUUCUUGACCUGUCCCCUUAUCUGUAACCCAGCUACUUCAUGCCCACCUCCUUAAGAUUUUUCUCUUUCUGAACACUCACCUCCCUGCACACUUUUGCUCUAUACUCUCCAAAACACAUGUAUAUCUUCAAUUCUCCAAACAUCAAGCCUGUUUCUUCUCUUUCUUCUUCCCUCCUUCCUACUUUCCUUCAUUCAUGUUUUAAGUGCUAGGCACUAGGCUAAAGUGUAGGGUAUUGAACACUCUUUGAAACAUGCUUCCGGGCCAUGAAGAAUUGCACAAUAUAAUGUGGUGGGUGGGGUGCAUACACAAAUCAGAGAGGUACAUUCUCUAGUAGAGAUGUACAAAGUACUGAUGAUGCACAGAAAAGUCACUCCCUGCAAGAGACGCUAAUGACACUUACUGUGAACCUCCUAGAACUAUAGAAGCAACACCCCUGGUGUCCAGAUGUUUUACAUCUCAGUGGAGGGAAAGACUAACAUAUAACAUGUGCAUCCUUCCCAGAGAGCAGAAAAGUGCAAGGAUGGCAGCAGAGCACCACUGAAGUCACACACUAUUGUCUGGUCAGUGCCCUUAUUUCUAACUCCUGAAACCCAUGUCAGCACCAAGGCAUUCAGUUUAAGGCAUGCUCAAGGGGCUGCCAUGGGAAGUCUGUUUAGUAGCAGAGCUGCUUCCACCUCUUGAGAGUACAAUGGUCUCAAAAGAGUGCUUCCUGACUUAAACGUGCAUAUGAUUCACCUGCAGAUUCUGAUUCAGCAGGUCUGGGUGAGGCCCCAGAUUCUGCACAUCUAACAAGCUCCCAAGUGAUGCUACUGCUGCUGGUACGUGGACCACAUUUUCAGGGGCAAGUUUCUUAGGGAGUCUGCCUAUUAGCUUCCUGCAGCAUCAGCACUCUAAACCAGGAGCCUCCCAGAAGCACGGGGGUUGAGAAACAGAAAGGUUAAUCAUGUCUGGCUAGGAGGUGAGAACCUCACUUAUGAAAAUCUUGAUGCUCUACUGGCCUUUCAUCUUUCAACCAAUUAGGAGCCAGGUGUCUGACCUCUAUGUACCAGUAGGGUAAAAAAACAGAGAAGGGAGAAAAGAAAGGAAACAACCAAAUCAAAAUUCUGUGACUGAGAGCUAGCUUGCUUAUGAAUGCGUUUACAGCAGAGCGGUCCCACCGACCAGCUAAAUCAUGCUGGCAGAGUAAAAGGUCUUUUUUCCCUAAGCCUAUCAGAGUAAAUCUGUUCAGAAGUGGGAGAGGGAGUACCUGCCACUCUGUGGAAACACACAUCAGACGAGACGAUUAAAUUUACACCAGCAAUGCGCAAGCACCCAGAGGCCCCAGACUUCAGACUGCACCUCCAGGCACCUCAUCGAAGAAAUAAAAUGAAUCACUUUUGUUUUCAGCUCUGUCCUCCUCCCCUUCAGCCUGUAUGAUUACUACUACCCUUGCAUCAUUAAUAAAAAUAGCCACCGGAAUUUAUGGAGGGUCAUUCUUCCAAGGAUCUCAGAACUUAGAGGAAUGAAUCAAUCAAUGUUAUUUAUUGAGCAUUUUCAGCCAGUAGAUGUGAGGAAUAAAGCACACAUGUAUUUAGUAGGCACACUCCCUUAAUUCAAAAUUUUUGCAGAUGACUUAAAAAGUGAAACUUGGGUAGGGAAGAAGCUGUACAGCUAAGUGAAAACAGAAGCUGGACUUAGAAUGCUUUAUGGAGUCAGGCUACCUUGGUUCAAAUCCCAUCUCUGUCAUUUACACACUGGGAGAAGCGGGAUAUGUCAUCAAAUCUUUUUCAGCCUCAGUCUGCACAUCUGUGUAAGAGGGACAAUAGCAGUGUGUAUAGCAUAGGAUGUUGUGAUGGUCAAAUAAGGAAAGACAUGUAAAGGAUCUCGACAGGUUCACAGUACAUGCUCAGUAAGUGUGGGCUGUUUUUAAUGCAUUAGAUACUUUCUAUGUUUGGGGAAAAGGAAAGGGAGGGGAAGGAAAGAGAAGCAAAGGAAAAGCAAAGAAAUAUCCUUGUUAUUCACUUGCUGAAGAAACCUCUUCCUGGUAACAAAGAGACAUUUAUCGCCUGGGCCAUUACAGAAGGGUCAUUGGAUAAUAUAAUGGAAAAGGUCUUCAAUUACAAUUUUGUGGCAGACUUAGAUAAGCCAUUCAAAUGGAUAUUUUUAUACAGGCCCUCUAUAAAAGCAGAGAAUAAAAUAUUAUAACAUCACUCCUCACCAAAAUGCCCGUGGCUGGCUAGGUCGUGCGGCCCAAGCGCAUUGUUUCUGAUGAUGUAACUUAUUACUGUGAUCGAGCCUGGAGUACCUAAGCCAAUGGCUAGUUAAUGUGCCCAUUAGACUGUCCCUUUCCAAUAGUGCAUAUUAAGUGCACUUUUAGCAAAUUCCAGAUUGCAGUCAACUCCUGGUUGAAUUCUUUGAUGAGGAGCCAGGGCGUAGUACAGCCAUACGUUUUUUAGAUACAGACAUGAGGGAGGCAGAGUUUUUAUUCCAGUUAUAUUAGAAGUAUAAGACUUGGGUAGGCAGAAAGGUGGAGAAAAUGUUCUAAGAAGAGCAUAUAUCUGGGCACAUAUUCGAGGACAUGAUGAUGGUUCAGCUUAAUGUUCACAUUCUAAACCCGGCCUCCUGGGUCAAUGCCCUUCACUUUCUUCCUUCUUCUUUAUCAAAUAGCAGCUUUAUUAAGAUAGGAUUCAUAUACCAUAAAGUUCACCCUUACUUUAAAGUGUACAAUUCAGUAGUUUUUAUUCAAAAGGGUGUGCAUCGACCACCACUAUCUAAUUCCAGAACAUUUACAUCACCCAAGAAGGAAACCCUAUGCCCAUUAGCAAUCUCUCUGUAUUCCUCCCUAUCUCCCAGUCCUUGGCAACCACUAAAUCUACUUGCUGUCUCUAUGGAGAGGCCUGUUCUGAACAUUUCAUAUAAGUGUGAUCAUACAAUAUAUAUGAUGCAUAAACAUCAUAUGAUUUACAAAUACAAAUAUUUUCUCCCACUAUGUGGAUUUUCUUUUCACUUAUUUGAUAGUGUUUUUUGAAGCACAACAGUUUAAAAUUUUGAUAAAGUCUAUUUUUUUUCUUUUGCUGCUUACUUUUGGUGUCCUGUCUACACAUCUCCUGCCUAACCUAAUAUCACAUAGAUUCAUGCCUAUGUUAUCUUCUAAGAAGGAAGUGU